UCCCAAAAACUUCUUCACUCCUUUCUCUCUUUCUCCUCCAACACAAGUAAGUUGAACUUCUGAUUUUCCUCCAACUUUUCUCCCCACUACAAAACCCAAAACCCAAAACCAAAAAAAAAAAAAAAAAAAAAAAAACACAUUAAAACGAAAGAAAGAAUCUUGGAAUUUUUAGGGUUUUCUCUCUCAAUUUCAAUUGAAGCCUCAUUCAACACCAACAAAUUCAAGAUUUUGUUCAACUUCACUUGCAAAAAUCUAAAAAGGUGAGGUUUUUACCCUUUUACUCUGAAAAAUUACCCCAAAUUUUGAACUGGGUACUAUUUUUUUCUGUUAAAGAAUUGGUUUUUACUGUCAUUUGAAGUAAAGAUUGUUUCUUUCUCCUCAUUUUCGCUGUUAAUCUCACCUAAAUUGCUUCCAAUUUCUUAGUAAAUAAGAAAAAAAAAUAUAUAUAUAUGACUUGGGUUUUGUCAGAAAUCAUGAAUUUGAAAAUGGGUUCUUGAGAAAAAGUCAAACCCCCCAAAUCUAAUGUAAUUAAGGGGUAUAAUCUUGGGUAAUGCCCAAAUUUUCAAAAUGUCAUCUUUUUCAAGUAAUCUUGACACACCACCGCAAACACCGCCGUCGCUACCACCGCCAUCACCAUCCGCCUCCGGUGGCGGCAAAAUUAGCCCUGCAAUAUUGUUCAUUAUAAUAAUAUUAGCAGUAAUUUUCUUCAUUUCUGGGUUGCUUCAUUUAUUAGUUAGAUUUUUUGUAAGACAAAGAUCUUCAUCAUCUUCCUCAUAUUCCCAAUCAAAUAGAUACCCGGAAAAUUUUUCGAGUUCUGAUGCAGUUCAAAGGCAAUUACAGCAGCUUUUCCAGCUUCAUGAUUCAGGGUUAGACCAAGCAUUUAUAGAUGCACUGCCUGUGUUUCAGUACAAAGAAAUUGUGGGUUUAAAAGAGCCAUUUGAUUGUGCAGUGUGUUUGUGUGAGUUUACUGAGCAGGACAAGUUAAGGUUAUUACCAUUGUGUAGUCAUGCCUUUCAUAUUGAUUGUAUAGAUACAUGGUUGUUGUCAAAUUCGACUUGUCCGCUUUGUAGGGGUGCUCUGUACACUCCUGGGGUGGCUAUUGAAAACCCGGUGUUCGAUUUCGAUGAUUCGAGGGAUGAGGAGAAGGGGGUUGAAAUUGAGGUUUCUAGUGAUAAGAGGAGGGUUUUUCCUGUUAGACUUGGCAAAUUUAAGAGCACAAGUAAUAAUAAUAACAAUCAUAAUUGCAACAAUGAAGAGGUUGUAGAAGUGCAAGAUCAACUACAUGUACUUGAAAGAGGGAAAAUUAAUGAUAGAAAUUCGAAUGUGGGCGAAACGAGCAGUAGUAAUUUGGAUGCAAGGAGGUGUUUUUCAAUGGGUUCAUAUCAAUAUGUUGUUGCUGAUUCAGUUUUUCAAGUUGCAUUAUGUCCAAAAAAUCCAUCAAAUGAAGGUGCUGAAUUGAAGAUGAUCAAGGGUAAAAAUGGUAAUUUGACUGCUGAUCAUAAUUUUGGGGAUGCUGAAGCUAGAAAGAUAAAUAUUGGCAGUAAAACUGAGAGUCUUUCAGUUUCAAAGAUAUGGUUAUGGUCUAAAAAGGGUAAAUCUACCAAUUCUUCAAACACAGAAUUUAGUGGUUUUUCUGUUGAUAAUAGUAUGAAUUUGCCUUGGACUCAUAAAGGUCAAGCUACAUGAUAAUUAUGAAGGUAUUCCUUUAUUUUUUUCUUAUUAUAAACUUUUUAUCAUUUUAUUUUGACCCCACUUAUAUACUAAAGUUCUUAGAUUAGGCUUUUGCUUUUUCUUUUGUUUUCCUGUGUAUUUAAUUAAUUGUCUCUGGGUUUUGCUAUCUGAUGAUGUGAAUUAUGUUCCUUUUUACUCCAACUUUUAGAUUAAUGGCAGUGUAACUUUAUCUUUUGAUGAAGCUGAAUACAGAAGCUUUUUGGGAAGAAA